GGGCGGGGAGCGGCGCGGCAGCCCGGGCCGGUGCGGAGCAGGGCCCGCCUCCGGCACCACAUGAUGCCGCUUCUCCUUCCUGCCGCCCCUGUCCCGACGAGAAAAGGGAACUGGGCGCAGGGCGGGAGGAAGUGAUUCCGCUCCCCGCCCCGCCGCGGGAAACGUGCGGCCCCUCCGCCCCCUUCCCGCUGCCGCGGGGCCGGGCGCCUCCGCGGGCAGAGCUGCGGGUCGGGCCAUGGCGCGGCUGUGGCUGCUGCUGCUGCUGGGCGGCGCGCUGGCCCCGGGCAGCGCCUUCAACCUGGACGUGGAGCGCCCGGCCGUCUACUCGGGCCCCAAGGGCAGCUACUUCGGCUUCGCUGUGGACUUCUUCGCUCCCGACCCAUCCUCGGUAUCUCUUCUAGUGGGAGCUCCAAAAGCCAACACCACCCAGCAGAACAUCAUAGAAGGAGGCCAGGUGCUCAAAUGUAACUGGAAUUCCGACAGACGUUGCCAGCCGAUGAUAUUUGACUCCACAGGCAACAGAGAUUUUGCUCCUGAUGAUCCACUGGAAUUUAAGUCUCAUCAGUGGUUUGGAGCCUCUGUGAGAUCCAAAAAUGAUAAAAUUCUGGCCUGUGCCCCACUGUACCACUGGAGAACUGAAACCAAACAAGAGCGAGAGCCUGUGGGAACUUGUUACCUGCUGGUCGGAUCCAAAUCUGUGGAAUACGCACCGUGCAGGUCCACCACUAUCGAUGCAGAUGGACAGGGAUUUUGUCAAGGUGGAUUUAGUAUUGACUUUACAAAGGGAGACAGAGUGCUGCUUGGAGGACCUGGAAGUUUUUACUGGCAAGGCCAACUUAUUUCUGAUCGAGUGGCAGAGAUUGUGGCUAAAUAUGACUCCAAAGUCUACAGCACAAAGUAUGAUGACCAGUUGGCAACCAGACCUGCCAGUGCUGCUUUUGAUGACAGCUACUUGGGUUAUUCGGUGGCUGUUGGAGACUUCAAUGGUGAUGGCACAGAAGACUUUGUAUCAGGAGUCCCAAGGGCAGCAAGAACUCUGGGCAUGGUGUCUAUUUACAAUGGGAAAAACAUGUCUUCCAUGUACAACUUCACUGGAGAGCAGAUGGCUGCUUAUUUUGGGUAUUCAGUGGCUGCCACAGAUAUCAAUGGGGACAAUUAUACAGAUUUGUUUAUUGGAGCUCCUCUAUUUAUGGAUCGAGGUUCUGAUGGAAAACUUCAAGAGGUCGGCCAAGUUUCCGUUUGCCUUCAAAGAGCCUUUGGAGGGUUUCAGAUCACAAAGCUGAAUGGUUUUGAGAUAUUUGCAAGAUUCAGCAGUUCUAUUGCACCUCUGGGCGAUCUAGAUCAGGAUGGCUUCAAUGACAUUGCGAUUGCUGCACCAUAUGGUGGAGAGGACAAGAGAGGACUUGUCUACAUCUACAAUGGAAGAGCCAAUGGUUUGAAUGCAGUCCCAUCUCAGAUUCUGGAAGGGCAGUGGGCCGCUCGCACUAUGCCACCCAGUUUUGGAUACUCGCUGAAAGGAGCCACGGAUGUGGACAAAAAUGGAUAUCCAGACUUGAUUGUUGGAGCCUUUGGUGCUGACACAGCUGUUCUGUACAGGGCUAGACCAGUUAUUAGAGUAAACGCUGCCCUGGAAGUUAAUCCAACCAUUCUAAACCCAGAAAGCAAAGCCUGUUCACUGGGAGAUGUAAAAGUUUCUUGCUUUAAAGUGAAGUUCUGCUUAAAAGCGGAUGGCAAAGGGAAGCUCCCUAAUUCACUCAAUUUCCAAGUGGAGCUGCUGUUGGAUAAGCUGAAGCAGAAGGGAGCUAUAAGGAGAGCUCUCUUUCUCCACAGCAAACAGCCCAGCCACUCCAAGAACAUGACUAUCACAAAGGGGGGCAAGAUGAACUGUGAAGAACUUGAUGCCUUUUUGAGGGAUGAGUCUGAGUUUAGAGACAAACUAACUCCGAUUACUAUUUUUAUGGAAUAUCGUCUGGAUUACAGAACAGCUGCAGAUGAAACAGGACUGCACCCUAUCCUCAAUCAGUUCACUCCUGCUAAUAUGAGCAGACAGGCACACAUUCUGCUGGAUUGUGGUGAUGAUAAUGUCUGUAAACCAAAGCUGGAGGUUGCAGUAGAAAGCGAUCAGAGGAAGAUCUAUAUUGGUGAUGACAAUCCCUUGACACUAAUUGUGAGUGCUCAGAACCAAGGGGAAGGAGCCUACGAAGCAGAACUCUUUGUCAUUGUUCCACCCCAAGCAGAUUUCAUCGGUGUUGUUCGUAACAAUGAGGCUCUAGCAAGACUGUCAUGUGCAUUUAAAACAGAGAAUCAAACUCGCAUGGUAGUUUGUGACCUGGGAAAUCCCAUGAAAGCAGGAACUAAGUUAUUAGCUGGCCUGCGUUUCAGCGUGCACCAGCAGUCUGAAAUGGAUACCUCUGUCAAGUUUGACUUGCAAAUCCGAAGUUCCAACCUGUAUGACAAUGUAAGUCCAGUAGCAUUCUAUCAGGCUGACCUUGCCAUUUUAGCAGCUGUUGAAAUUAGAGGUGUGUCGUCUCCUGAUCACAUAUUCCUUCCUAUUGCAAACUGGCAGCCAAAGGAGAAUCCAGAAACAGAAGAUGAUAUUGGGCCUCUAGUUCAGCAUAUCUAUGAGCUCAGAAACAACGGUCCAAGUGCGUUCAGCAAGGUGAUGAUGAAUCUGCAGUGGCCUUACAAAUAUAAAAACUACACCCUGUUGUAUAUUGUUCAGUAUGAAAUUGAUGGUCCCAUGAACUGCACUUCUGAUAUGGAAAUCAAUCCAUUGAAAAUUAAGAUUUCUGCUUCUAAAGACGAUGAUAAGAAUGAAACACUUAGCAGGGAAGAUAAUCACAAUCAUCGGAUCAGUCGAAGGGAUAUCACUGCCAUUGGAGGAGAUGUGCAUACUUUGGGCUGUGGAAAUGCUGAUUGUUUGAAGAUAGUCUGUCAAGUUGGCCACCUGGAGAGGGGAAAGAGUGCAAUAUUGUAUUUAAAAUCACGCCUGUGGACCCAAACUUUCAUGAAUAAAGAAAAUCAGAAUCACUCCUAUUCUCUCAAAUCAUCUGCUUCUUUCAAUGUUAUUGAGUUCCCUUAUAAGAACCUUUCCUUUGAAGACAUCCACAAUUCUACAGUAGUUACUACAAAUAUUACAUGGGGCAUUCAACCACAACCUAUGCCUGUGCCAGUGUGGGUUAUAAUUUUGGCUGUCCUAGCAGGAUUAUUGCUCUUGGCUGUUCUAGUGUUUGUUAUGUACAGGAUGGGAUUUUUCAAACGUGUGAGACCACCUCAGGAAGAACAAGAAAGAGAACAACUACAACCACAUGAGAAUGGAGAAGGAACAUCAGAAGCUUGAGCAGAGCUUUAUCUGUAAGACAUUCUGAAAUUUUAAAAUGCCUACGUCUUGGUUACGAAUAUUGGUUUCCUCAGUAUGGAAAACACUCUGACUGCAAAGCUGCUGCUCUCAGAAGGUAUCGGCAUGUACAAAAUAAGAGCAAUAUAUUUUAAACCUCCUUUUUGUAUUAAUUAUGUUCAUACAUGUGACUAAUGCAUCUGCACUGAUUUGUGUGUGAAAAAAAUUGAGUAAUAUGUAGUACCAUGAUUUUGCUUAUCGGGAUGUAAGAGACAUCAUCCUUUUUGAUUCUGCCUUUGCUCUUGAAGCCAGCAGCUUCUGUAGAUACUUGCUGGACUACACAUUUAGUUUUGAUUUUUGUUGGGAGUACGCUGCAUUUCAUUUCGUAGUUCUUGAAAGCUAGUUGCACAAAAAAAAAUGAACACAGCUUGUUUUACAAAACUGAAGACUAUUCUUUGACCCAUUAAUUCUGCUGAUGAUUUUCCUCCUGCUUCAAAAAUGGGAGAAAUUAUUCAGUGGAAUCAUGCACAUCUGAUAACUAUUCUGCAUGCCUGCUUGCUCAGUCGCCUAUCUUGUGAUUUCCCUCUAGACUUUACAAAUAUUGUUCUCCAGGUUCCAGGUCUUUUACUGAAGGGAUUGAGCCUAAGGGAACAGAAGUGCAUGGUAGAAAGCUGGAUAUGAUGUACUUUUUAUGGGACCUAGUGAAAAGAUUUAGGGCAAGAUCCAAAGACUCUGCUGUGUAUUUCCAUGGAGCAGGAUCUAGGUGUUCAUGGCAGCGUGGAUCCAUUCAGGUACUGCCAGGAACAAAAUGUUGUGGCUGCCAACAGACAUGUCUGAUGAGAAAACCCACAGCCUCUAUGUUCACAAGUCAAACGUCCACAGGGUUUGAAGAUAAGUCUGUAUAUUACUUGGCUUCAAUUUCAGUUUCUGGCAAAACAGUUGAGGGAAUCUUUGUGACAGGUUACCUGAUGCACAGUAGGGAAGCUGAUAACAAUAAUCAUACUCUGCGGUUGACUGUUUGUAAGUGCAGGAUGGAAUAAUAUAGGGACUGUUCAAACUAGACUAUUUGCCAGCCAAAUUUAUCUAGAUUACAUCAGUACUUCAGCCACACUCACACCCAUCCUGAGAGAACAGUGAGCUUGUCAAAUGAAGCAGAACCUGGCUGGCAAUGAGAGAGGAUUUGAAAACAGAAGGUUGAUUUGGCUUGUUUCGUGUCAUUCAUUCAUUGUUUCAUUCAUUGUAUGUUUCAUUGCACAAAACACAUUUCAUUGCACAAGACAUUUCACUAUGUUCAAUACAUUUCGCUACUGGAAAAGACACUAAAUAUUUUGUUUCAUUGUUGCUUUUUUUUAAGCACACCAAAAUUUCAGUGGUUUAAAGCCAUGGGUCAUUAUUAGCUUAUUUCUCCCAUCAUUGGUGUGGCAAAAUGAAGCUUCUUAUGAGAGAACAAAAGAACAUUGGCAAUAUGCAUUUUGUAGACAUGUAACUGCAAAUUAGGAGGUUGUUUGGCUUGUAACCACGUGUAACCGUGUUGCACAAAUCCUAGAGUGGAUAUACUUAAAGCUAUUACAAAGGUGCCUUAUAGGAGAUUUGUUUAUUCUCUAUAAAAGAAAAAAAAGGAAUAAAUUACAGUAUGAAUCCCCUGUAUGCAGCCACAUACAGAAAGGAAGACUUCUACUAGAAUUACGCUGGUGAGAUUUCAAGUAGAUAAGUUCUUAAAAGGCCAUAAACUCUGGUUUGGGUUUUUAUCGUGAGGCUUUUGUUCAAAGCUGCAUCUCUCCCGUAAGUACUGCAAUGCCCAGUAAACCCAGAAUCAUCUGAAAUGAACAGUUUGAUCCAACUCUCAUUUCUGCAUCCUUUCUGAGAUUUAAAACCAUUAAGUCCGUUCUUACUCACUGAACCGUGAUGGUAUUUGAGUCAUUAAGGGAGACAGCAUGAAGUCUGUGUGGGCCCAUAUUUAUAAGAUACAGGCUUGCUUAUUUAUCCAUUCACAUGUUUUUGUUUUAGAAAAUUUGUUUAGAUAGAAUUAGUUUCUAUGAGAGGGUGUAGGGCAUAUUUCCACUUUCACUGAAUUUUCAAGGUCUUCAGUGUAGCCAACAUUUUAUUUUUGUCUUUACUUCUAGUAUUGUGACUAGUAAUAUGGUAAAGCAUCAGGAGUCAGGCUUUAAUCCUGGCCUCAAAAUGUGACUUAGAAAACACAAUUUCAGUUACUUACACAGGCUGCUAGUUCACACGCUUUGUCAGCAGAUUAUCUAUAUGCAAGGAGAUUGUUUUUUCCCCAGUCUUAAUCUGAGUAGGUUAAGAGGUUUAAGAGGCUGUCAGACAGAUUAUAGCUCUAAUUCUUACAUGUGUGCUUUCAUUACAUGUAUACACUCUGACUUGAAAUUUAUUGGACUACUUGCAUGUCUAGGCAUUAUAAAGAGAUUAAAAUUAAAAAAAAAAAAAAAAAAAA